AUGGAAAACCCGUUCGACCAUCCGCAGGAUCAGUACCCACCGCGUCAGAACCAAUCUGGUUCACCAUGGAAUGCCAAUAAUCCGAAUAAUACUGGUGCUCCUCCGCCUCCGCCAAGACCACCGAGCAACCCCGCUCCCAACAACCAGGGAGCGUAUUCGCAGGGCAGCUAUACGCCUUAUAGUGCUGGAGGCGCUGGAUAUGGAUACAACUCGGGCUAUGACAAUCCCUACGGAGGAUACUACGACCAACCCGCAUACGAUAAUCCCAACAGCCUGUUCACAUCCACCGGCCAAGUCGUCUCCAACCAGCCCGUUGAUCAAAAUCCAAACCCAUUCCUCACACCAGGAGGUCAACACCCGAGCUUGUACAACGACACGCCCACCUUUUCUUCGUCGACGCCUGGCCAUGGAGGCGGUGGCGGACGGUACGAUAGCGCACCGACACCGUUUAGCGGUGCAAGCGAAUUGGGUGUUCUAGGGAAUAAUAAUGGACGACCGUACUCGACCGUCAAUCCCGACCGAUACAACUCUCCUGCGCCUCUCCCAGGACAAUCGACGUCUUCUACCCCGGCGCCUGCAGUCUCGCCUCCGACUGGGAGGAAAAAGGUCCAGUUGAGCGACACGCCCGUGAUUGGAGGUGGUGCGGGCGGAUUUGCGAAUAGUGCUACGAGCAGGCAUAGUCGGUAUGGUGAGGAAGAGGCAUUUGCGCAAGGUGGAGAUGCCGAAAUGGCGCUGCUUGGUCCGCCUGGUGGAGGCGGCGUUGCGGGGCGGCAUGGACAGGAUCGAUUCAGCGUUGGUGGGUUCAAUCCAGAUAUCCUCGAGGAUGACGAUAGCAACAUCCGGUAUGGCCGUAUCCCGCAACGUGUACCGCGCCGUUACAAGACCAAGAAGCGAUAUGAGCUCUUCCACGGAAAUUUGGUCAUUGAUAAUGAGGUACCCAGCAAGCUUUUGGACAUGUGCCCUCAAAAGACGGAGAGAGAGUUCAAAUUUAUGCGAUACACCGCUGCGACGUGCGAUCCCAACGACUUUAAAGCAGAGGGAUAUACUCUUCGUCCGGCCAUGUACGAGCCAGCGCGCAAGACGGAACUGUUCAUUGUAAUGACCAUGUACAACGAAGACGAGGAGCUGUUCUGCCGAUCCAUGUCCGGAGUGAUGAAGAACAUUCAGCACCUCAUCACUCGCGAGCGCUCCAAGACGUGGGGAAAAGAAGGUUGGAAAAAGGUGGUCGUUUGCAUUGUUUCCGACGGACGUCAAAAGAUCAAUUCGCGCACAUUGUCCGUCAUCGCCGCCAUGGGUGCCUACCAAGACGGUGUCGCGAAGAAUGCCGUCAACGGCAAGCCCGUCACGGCGCACAUUUACGAGUAUACGAGUCAGAUCUCCGUAACGCCUCCGGCAAAGAUUGGCCCACAAAAGGACCCAGCACCGAUUCAGAUCAUCUUCUGCCUGAAAGAAAAGAACCAAAAGAAGAUCAACUCUCACCGCUGGUUCUUCAACGCAUUUGGACCGAUUCUCGAGCCCAACGUGUGCGUGUUGCUCGACGUCGGAACCAUGCCGGGACCGACAUCGAUUUACCACUUGUGGAAGUCGUUUGAUAUCAACUCGAACGUUGGCGGCGCGUGCGGAGAAAUCGUGGCACUCAAGGGCAAGUUUGGUGUCAAUCUGCUCAACCCGUUGGUGGCGGCGCAGAAUUUCGAGUACAAGAUGAGCAACAUCUUGGAUAAGCCACUUGAGAGCGUGUUUGGGUACAUUACUGUGUUGCCUGGUGCCUUCAGCGCUUACCGGUAUAUUGCGCUCCAAAAUGACUCGAUGGGAGAUGGACCGCUCCAAAAGUACUUUUUGGGUGAAAAGAUGCACGGUGCUGGAGCGGAUAUCUUUACGGCGAACAUGUACCUUGCCGAAGAUCGAAUUCUCUGCUGGGAACUUGUAUCGAAGCGCGGUGGUCAAUGGAUCUUGCACUAUGUCAAAUCUGCCUACGCAGAGACGGAUGUGCCGGAUCAAGUGCCCGAACUCAUUUCCCAACGUCGACGAUGGCUCAACGGAUCCUUCUUCGCCGCUGUACAUUCGACGGUCAAGUUUAACUACCUUUACCGUUCAUCGCAUACCGCCAUGCGCAAGUUUUGGAUCCACGUCGAGUUGGUGUACCAAGUGUUCAACCUCAUCUUUGCCUGGUUCUCGUUGGCCAACUUUUACAUUGCAUUCUACAUUCUUUCCAACGCCAUGGAGGAUAAGAGUUUCAAGAUUGCGGGUAUCCACGUCAUCAACAUUGUGCUCAACUAUCUCUACCUCGGCCUCCUCGUCGCAUGCUACUUGCUCGCGCUCGGUAAUCGGCCCCAAGGGUCCAAGUGGUGGUACACCUUCGCGUUUAUUGGAUUUGCCAUCAUCACGGUCUACAUGACGUUUGCGGCAUUCUUCCUCGCAUUCAAAGGCAUCGAUGCGAUUCGACAGGAGAGUGCGAAUGGCAUUACGUUUGGCACAUUCUUCAAUAAUUCGAUUUUCCGCAAUAUCGUCGUUUCGAUGCUUGCGACGCUUGGGUUGUACAUCUUUGCAAGCUUGUUGUUCUUUGACCCGUGGCAUAUGAUUACGUCGUUUAUCCAGUAUCUCCUAAUGGCGCCGAGCUAUAUCGCGGUGCUUAAUGUCUAUGCCUUCGCCAACGUGCACGACGUCUCGUGGGGAACAAAGGGUGACAACAAGGUCUCGACGGAUCUGGGUACCGUCACCGCCGCUGGAAAGAACAAGAACGAAGUCGAGGUGAUCGUACCGACAGAGCAAAAAGAUAUCAACGCUGCGUACGAAGAUGCUCUGCACGUCUUGUCCGAGAAGCCACCCAAGGCUGAACAGAAGCGAGACGCGAGCACGAAGCAGGAGGAUUACUAUCGCAAUUUCCGUACCAAUGUCUUGUUGGCAUGGACGUUGAGCAAUGGUCUCCUGGGUGCUGUCGUGGUGAGCACGGCAAGCAAGGCGGAGGAUCAAGGUGCCCAAAAGGCCGUGGCGGGUUAUAUGGGUUUCGUGCUCUUCUCAGUCACGAUGCUUGCCUUCGUGCGUUUCUGCGGAUCGACCGCCUAUAUGCUGAUCCGUCUAUUCGCUGGAGAAUAG